GAAAGGUUCGUGGAAAUGAUGAACCAAACCGAAGCAAAGAAGACAAUCAAGCUCUUUGCGUCUCAGCAGACUAUUGAGUCUCUUCGUGUAACACUGAUGUCUGUUGCAUCUUUAAUCAGCUUUCUACAUGAGAGAAAUGUCAACUACGUCUUGACGGCAAGCUUGAAUCAGGACCCACUUGAGAGGUUUUUCGGGCUUGUGAGGUCUUUUGGAGGAGACGAAGAUCACCCCACGGUGACGAAGUUCAGCCAGCUAUUUCGCUUGCUUUCCCUCUACACCCCUGUCAAGGUAGCUGUCAAAGGAAACUGCGAGGGAGGCAGCGACCGUGUUCUGCUCAGUACAUUUGAGAGUCUCGGGGGGAGACGACGCGAGGCACUUUUGCAGAAAAGUGCACUGAAAAAACAUGUUUGGGACCAGCUUAUGUCCAUACCUCUCAAUGAUAUGCCUAACAGUGGUAAUGACCAUAUGUACAAUGCUCCUACACCAGAAAAAACAGCUCUUUACUAUUUAGCAGGGUAUGUAGCCUUCAAAGUAAAAAAGAAUACAAGUUGCGAGAACUGUAGAAAAAACGCUCUAGGUGUGCAAGAUGAUCUGCCUCCUGAGGCAGUACUCGUAACUGAGUGUGCCUAUGCCACAGGUAGUCUGGUGUACCCGUCUGAACGGCUCUUUGCCUGCAUAGGCACUGUAGAGUACAUACUGAGCCGAACCUGCAAGGAAGCAUGCAAGGAAGAUGCUUUUGGUGAUCUUUUUUGGAAGGUUUUAGAUUCCCUAAUGAAGAGUGGCACCAACUCUGUUGGCUGCCCACAACAUCUUAAUGAAUUCACAGCCGAGGUUAUUCACUUCUAUUUGGUGACACGUAUGCACUUUUUCGCACGCAAAAAGUGCCAAGAAAACGAUAGUGCCAUAAGGGCCCAAAGAGAAAGGAAAAAGGCCAAGCUUGUAUAG